UUAACAGAGGUCAGGCCAGAGCCUCUGCUUCAGUGAGGAAAAUUACUUUAAAAAAAUAAAAAGCCUCAGUCAGCGCCGCUUAGCGUAAUGCCGGCCACCUUACCGAGCGACAGCCCCGCAGCCGCUCUCUGGCGCUUGAAGAACCGCCGCGCGACCCGCACCGCCCAGCGAACCGCGCUGAGGAGGGAGAAGGCCUUCCCAGGGAUGACAUCAUUCGCCGGCCGCUCGCACUCGCCAUCUGUUUUCUCCCUCCCCGCAGGCCGGCUCUCAGGGAUGGGCGGGGCCUCACCCUGCGCAGGCGCAGUUCGCCGGGAUUCGGCGGCGGCAGCGCGACCGUUUCACUUACGUCAAAACAAUUUACGACAGCGGCAGCGGCUCCGGUUGCUGCGGAGAGGCUCUCGGUGUCCCGCCACAGUGCCGGUCUCCCGCCCCGCCGAACCCCGGACCCACCGGCGGGUUCCAGAAAAUCCCCAUUCUGAAUACGGUCUCACUGAAAAUGUAGAGAGGAUAGUAGAAAAUGAGAAAAUAAACGCAGAGAAAACAUCAAAGCAGAAGGUGGAUCUUCAGUCGUUACCCACACGUGCCUACUUGGAUCAGACAGUUGUACCUAUCUUGCUACAGGGACUGGCUGUUCUGGCAAAAGAGAGACCGCCAAAUCCCAUUGAAUUUCUAGCAGCAUAUCUUUUAAAAAACAAGUCACAAUUUGAGGACCGAAAUUAACUCCAUAAAAAUGAUGACAAUUUGGCUGCUAGACUGAAAUGCUCAUUUGCCGCAAUUUGUUUUCUGCUGUAAAAAUCCUUUGGAACCGUGAUGUUGUCUUUCUGAAUCGCACAGUUCGCUUUACCGUUUGAGUUAUUUAAUAAAGAACACUUUACAUUUAAUUUGUUCACUUGUUUUAAACUAGCUAUUAAAGAGACUUUCAAAAUAAAGUACUGAAACUGCA